UUUUAAUAUUUUUAACGUUGUCAAACAGUGUUAUGAUUUUUUGAAACAUUUUAGUUCUGAUUUUACUUUUUCCAUUUUUGUAUACCUAACAGUUAAUACAUUCGUCGGUCUAACAAAGUUUUUAUUACAUUUUUAAAAUGAGUACCUCUGUUGUCGAAGAAUUGGACAAAAGUAACAAAGCAACUAAUGAAGCCAAUGAYGAUUCGUUCCWGAAAAUUUCUCGUCCUGUAAAGACAGUAUUGUAUGAAGRACUUCAAGAAAAAGAUGUAGGUAUUACAGAAUUUACAACAUCUGUUCCUGGGAUUUCUGGUAUACUGAAGCACAGGUUGUCUGAUUUUCAAGUAAAUGAAAUUGCGUUGGAUGGAACUGUUGUUCGUCUUACAAGCCGUACUGUUCCAGAAAAGGAAGCCGAAGAUACUUCUUUGAAAGAUGUUAUUGAUGAAACUGGUUUAUGUGAAAAAUACUCUAAAGAUAUUGAAAAACUGUUAGAGUUACAUAGUACCAAAAGUAUUGACAUUGAUGUGGAUGGAUUAACUAAAGAACAGCGCAAAUCAAUACACAAUUUUUUAAAAUUCAAGUAUGGCGCUAAAGUUAGUACUAACACUAAAAAGAAUGAUCAAGAUAAACAGUUUAUUGUCAUUAGAUUAUCUAAACUUGUUAAAAAUGAGAGACAAACAUGGCCUAAAUCUAUACCUGAAUAUCUCCAUUUUGCUUUACACAAAUGCAACAUGGACACUACAAAUGUAGUGAGCAUUCUCUCAAAACAAUUAAGAGUGAAAGUUAAUACAAUUAAACAUGCAGGCACUAAAGAUAAGCGUGGAAACACUACUCAAAUGUUAUCAGUUAGAAAAUUAGAUGCCAAUAAUGUAGCAAAACUUAAUGCCAGAAAUAUAUGGACUGGUAACUAUGUUUACAAAGAUUCUACCCUUAAAUUAGGUGAUCUAAAAGGAAAUAGAUUUCGCAUUGUCCUAAGAAAUAUCAAUGGAAAUGAUGAAGAAGUAUCUAAUGCUAUUGAAAUGUUAAAAAUUCAUGGGUUUAUUAAUUACUAUGGUUUACAAAGAUUUGGUAGUUCAGUAGUGUCUCCCACCUAUGUUGUUGGAAAAUCAUUGGCUUGUGGUAACUGUGAAGAGGCUAUUGAGCAUAUUUUGAAACCUAGACCAUUGGAGAGUGCAUUUGAAAAUGACACUGAUCGUGCCAGAUCAGUAUGGUGGAAAACUAGAGACCCAAAUCUAGCGUUAAAACAACUGUCAAAAAAAAAUUACUCUGUUGAAGCAAAAAUAAUUCGAUCAUUAGCUUUUAAUGGCCCCAAGGCCUAUGUCAAUGCUUUUCAAAUUAUUCCAAGAAACUUGGUGUUAUUGUAUCUUCAUUCUUAUCAGAGUUUAUURUGGAACAAGAUUGUAUCACAGCGUAUUCAAAAGUUUGGUUUAAAACCAAUUGUGGGAGACUUGGUUUUCAAGGACAAUGAAUCAAAAGAAGUAGCUUUUGAAGUUAUUGAUGGAGAAGAAAACAAAGAAGACGAAGAAGAAGAAACUAAUAUAAAAUUUCCAGAAGUUGAAUCAAUAUCAGAAGAAAAUUUAUCCAAGUAUACCAUUUUUGAUGUUGUAUAUCCGUUGCCAGGUUGUGAUGUCAGCUAUCCAGACAAUGAAAUAGGAAAAUGGUAUAUUGAUCUUUUAGCAAAAGAUGACCUAACUUCUGAAAAGCUUUCAAAGAAAAAUAAACUGUUUUCACUGAAAGGCACUUAUAGGUGUAUWGUAUCUAAAGCUGAAGAUUUAGUCUGGACUACCAUUAAUCAUAACGACUUAAAUGAUGACUUGUUAUUAUCUGAUAUUGAAUUGUUAGAUAAUAAGCAACCAUUCAUUUCUGUACCAGAURGUUGUUUCAAAUCAUUGUCGAUCGAAUUCUCUCUGCGUCCCUCCAAUUAUGCUACAAUGGUUGUAAGACAAAUAACCAAACAAGAUACUUCGUCACACACACAAGCAUCAUUGUGCAAAAUUUCAAAUAACAAUAAACGGGACACUCAAAGUACAGAAGAAAAAGAAAACGCUAGUAAAAAAAUAAGACUUGAUGUACCAACGGAAGACUAAAUUAAAACACAAUAUUUUUAUAUUUACUAUUAGAAAUAUAAUAAUG